UUCAUGGAUCCUAGUCAGACUCAUUUCUGCUGAGCCGUGAUGAGCACUCCAAGCCAAGGCUUUUUACAUGAAAUUCAUUUGGUGUUUAAAGGAGAGGCAGGAAAACGAAAACUCUCAAAGAUGUGCCUCGUUGUUGAGCAUAGGGCACUUUGGUAAGGGUGUGGCUAUUAGCCAGGUGGGCGCCUGCUGUGGAAACACAGGCUGCACCUGUCCGGAUUGGAAGAACCGUAUCAGAGAAAGGUGUGUGUGUUGGGGCGGGGAGGGGGGGUCCCAUGCUUGCCUGGUUCUCUUGGCCAGCCUUGAAUGUGGUAACUGGUUCCAGGUGGUGGAAAUGGAACAGGACCGGGAAGCCCAGGCAGGUGCAAGGCUCAGUACCACUCAACCCUUGACCCAGGUGCACAGCUUCAGCAAACCAGUGGCUGACCAGCCAUUCUUCUUCAACCUCAACUCAUCCCGCAACAUUCAGGAACCCAUCCAGAUCCCCAACAACGGAAGCGCGCCCCUGCUUGUGGAUGUGCAGGUGUUUGUGUCCAACGUGUUUAACGUGGACAUUCUGCGCUACACCAUGUCCUCCACGCUGCUGCUUCAGCUGUCCUGGCUGGACACUCGCCUGGCCUGGAACUCGCCUGGACCCCGGCAUGGCCCAGUCACGCUGCCCUUGGAAUCUUUCUGGAUGCCAGGACUCACUAUCCGGGAGGCGCUCUGGGUGAACUGGCAGAACGAGAGCCCCCAGGCCCAAGUGGACCGGGACGGCCACAUCGAGCUCUACCUGGCCCUCACCACCGAGACCAACUGUGACCUUGAGCUCUUCCACUUCCCCAGAGACGAGAGCGAGUGCAACCUCAGCUUCUUCGCUUUCAGCAACACUGUGAUGGAGCUGGAGUUCCGGGUCCUGGCGGUGAACGAGAUUGUGAGUGUCAAGCGGGAAUAUGUGGUUCGGGAUUUGAGAGCCCAGGUCCCACCCUGGCAGCUGGUGCCCUGCUUCCAGGUGACGUUGCGCCUGGAGAACACGGCGCUCAAGACCAUCAUAGCGCUACUGGUGCCCGGGGAGGCGCUGCUGCUGGCUGACCUGUGCGGGGGGCUGCUGCCCCUCCGGACCGAGCGCAUUGCCUACAAGUUUACUACUUCACCGUCCUGCUGCUGCUGCUCUUCAUCAGCACCAUGGAGACUGUGCUGCUGGCCGCGCUGCUGGCCCGUGGCAACCUCAGGGCCGAGAGCGGCCCCGGCCCCAGCCCAGCUCCAGCUCCGAGAGGGGCGCAGCAAGCCCACGGGCAGCCAGGGGCUAAUCCUGAAGGUGGGCAGGGCCUGGGGGCCUUCCUGGGGGGCUGCUGAGGAACAAGGCCUUGGGGCAGAGCUGGCAGGCGGCACACUUGGGCUUGGGGCCACCAGGCUUAGAGGUUUCCACCCAUAUUCUGCUGGCCCACUGGCCCUGGGCUCCACCACGGCGGCCCUUGGCAGCAGCAGAUCUGGAUCAGGGAGCAGGGUUCGCCUCCCUAAAGGCCGGGGCGUGAUUUCAGACUGCCUGGGCUAACCCUCUGCCUGAGAGCCUCUUCCCGCGGGCAUGUCUACAUCACAGGGGGACCUAGAAUGGGCCAGGCCCAAAUGUUCAUUAGUUGUGACUCUAACAACCAGUGAGCAUGUGCUGGAGCGUGCAGGCUGGCUGAGCCCUGGGUACACCUGCUUUCCCUGCCUCUCCCCGCAGCAGCCCCCAGAGGAGUCAAGGGGCCAGCAAAGAGCUGGGUCGAGGCUGCUGACCACACGUUCUUCCUGGUGUAUGUGGCGGGGAUGCUGUGUAGCCAGUUCAUCUUCCUUGCACUCUGGAAGUGGGGGACAUGCAAGUCUGACCCAGCCCCCGGGGAGGGCGCGCCCCAUGGCGGGAAGCCCAGGCUGUAACGAGGAGGGGCUGCAGGCCUGGGGGCGGGGGCAGGUCUGGCGGGGAGGGCUGUGACAGGGUCUCCGGAGAGAGGCGGAGGGAGGUCGACCCUCUUCCCUAAGCCUCGAGGACUCCAGCCACCCCGAGCUCUCCCUUCUGUUAGUGCGAGCGGGCAGAGUGUGGAAUAAACCCAUCACCCAAGUGCAA